UUGGGGAGCAGGAUCCCCUUGUGUGUGUGGGUGUAGUGUAUGGGAGACAUCAUAGCAGCUAGUCGCCAUCUACUAGAUCGGGGACAACUGAACAGAAGAGAUGAAGCCUGCAGAGGAGAAGACUGGUGGGGAAUGGCAUAUACAAGUUAUAUAAUGGCGAAGAAUAGUGCUGCUCUCCAUGUGCACACACAACUGCUUAUCCUGAAAAGUCACCUGUAGUGACAGCCUUGUGCAAACAGGUGCAGUCUAGACUCCAGUCUAUAGCAUGAAGUGCAUUGUUCUCACUGGACUACAGGUGGCACAAAGACCUCAGCCUUGGGGCCGCAGACGAUGAACCUUCCAGGACUUCCAUCCAUAAGACCAGCCGUAUACUAACCCCAACUUGUACAAUCACAGAUCCAAGUCUGAAGUGAGCAGGUCCUGCUUCCAUACUGCUCUUCUCCCCUCCCCUUAGAGGCUCCUAGAUAUUUCCACAAAGCCCCUCACAUCUGCCAGGGAAGGCAGGACAUCCCCCCGUCCCACAUCUGGGCUGGAUCCUUCAUACUUGGGAGACUGCGAUUAGAGGAAUACUUGAGAUGGCAUGAAGUGACUCUCUUCUUCAUCUUUAUCUCAGCAAGUGCAAUGUGUCCCUGUAGUUUGGCUUUUCUCUUGACACUCCUGUUGAUCUCCUCACAUGGAGUACGAGGACAAGAGGAGGAGGAGGAGGAAGAAGAGGAGGAGGACGAGCUAUGGGAAUUUGUGACUGAAGCCCCCUUAGAGUGUCCCAAGGACUGUACCUGUACCCAAGAAGGAGUAGUCAACUGUGCAGGAGUGGAUCUGAAGGAGUUUCCUGUUGACCUUCCUGAAAAUACAAACCACUUAUCUUUGCAGAAUAAUCGAAUAGAAGAAAUUCCUCCAGAGGAUCUGAUCCGACUACAAAGACUUGAAACCCUAAACUUACAGAACAAUCGUCUUACGUCAAGAGGACUCCCUGAUGAUCUCUUCGAACAGCUCGAGAAUCUGAAUUAUCUGUACUUGGCAAAUAAUAAGCUCACCUUGGCACCAAGGUUCCUCCCGAACUCUCUCAUAAGCGCAGACUUUGCCGCCAAUUAUAUCACCAAAAUCUAUGGAAUGACGUUUGGACAUAAGCCAAAUCUACGGUCUGUGUAUCUACACAACAAUAAGCUGACGGACGCUGGCCUACCAGACAACGUGUUCAACCGCUCAGACAAUGUGGAGAUCCUUAUAAUGUCCAGCAACUUCCUGAGGCACGUCCCCAAGAACCUGCCCCCAGCACUGUAUAAACUGCACAUGAAGAACAACAGAUUGGAGAAGAUUCCUGCAGGAGCUUUCAGCCAUCUCACAGGUCUGCGUGAGCUUUACCUGCAAAAUAACUUCCUUUCUAAUGAAGGAAUGAACAAUGAGACCUUUAUGAAUCUAAACAGACUGGAGUAUCUUGACCUUUCGAGCAAUAACUUAACGCACGUUCCGAGCGGUCUACCUCGUAACAUUGUCAUUCUUCAUCUGGAAAAAAACUCCAUAAGGAAUAUUUCUAAUGAUGUUUUGACGCAGAUUAGAAAUCUAGAGUAUCUUUUGCUCCACAACAACAAGCUGAGGGCUCGAGGUAUUCAUCCAUUAGCCUUCCUUGGAUUAAAGAAGUUACACACUCUUCAUAUGUACAACAACUUGCUGGAGAAGAUACCCGCAGGGCUUCCACGUAGGGUGAAGACUCUCAUGCUCCUUCACAACCAGAUCACUGGGAUUUCUAAAGAUGAUUUUGCCACAACUUAUCUCCUUGAGGACCUGAACCUGAGAUACAACAAGAUUAUGAGCAGUGCAGUACAUAAAGACGCUUUCCGCAAACUGAGGCUCCUCAAGACCUUGGAGCUAUCUGGUAACUUUUUGAGAUCUGUGCCACAUGGACUCCCCAAAAAUUUGGAAAUUUUGAGACUAAAUGAUAAUGAAAUUAGCUCCAUACCACAAGACACACUGGCUGGGAUGUCGAAACUUAAAGAAAUUUAUAUGAAAAACAAUAAACUUAAGAUCAGCUCCAUCUACACCGGGGCUUGGUCAGAACUUAAUAGUCUCCAGCUUCUUGACUUGUCAGGAAACUUGCUGACUUAUGUUCCACCCGACCUUCCGGAGAGUCUUGAAUACCUGUAUCUCCAGAGUAACAAGAUUUCUAUCAUCACUGAUAGCGCCUUCCAGUCUACUCCCAACCUAAAGGGCAUUUUCCUCAGGUUUAAUACGCUAACGCCACAGUCAGUGAUGGAGUCUGCCUUCGAGGGACUGGAGAAGCUGCAGGUCUUAGACAUUGAGAACAAUCUAGCUUUCAAAGUCACCAAGAAGGAAAAAGAAGAAGAUACAGAAAAAGAUGAUUAAGAGCAAAAAUAUUAGUGGAUCUGCCUUCUAUGACCUCCUCUCGUCUGGCUUUGCUGAGCAUUGUAGAUCCCCUAGGCAAUGGAAGAAAGAAGAAGACUCAAUCAACUGACAUGAGAAAAAAAAUGUCCUCCACGGACCCCGCAAAAGCUGGCUUUUGUUCUAUUUUUAUAUUUUAUUUGAGGUUUAUGGGUAAAUCAGUAGAUGACUGAAGCUUCAGAUCUCCUGGACGAGCAGAUUCGUGUGAUGUCCGGUUACUGAAGUGUAUGGCAGUACGGCCAAGAUAAAUUAUUUAUAUAGCUAUCAUUAUUCUUAUGAUACUAUAUGAUAAAAAAAUAUAUAUAUAUUAAUCUACAUUGUUAUGGGGGCUGUUGAGUCCUGUGUAAAGAAAGCUUUAUCACUGUAGAAUGAGAAGAGCUUUCUAAUAUACUUUGUAAUGCAGUGUCGCACCAUCACAGCAGAGAGUUUGUUACAAUUGCUCCGUGAGCUAAACAGUCUGGACUCCUUUAUUUACAUUGAUGCAUUGUUAAGAACUGAUGCUGCACUUAGAGCAGUGGUCUCCAAAUCGUGGAGCUCCAGCUGUUGCAAAACUACAACCCCCGCAUGCCCGGACAGCCGUUGGCUGUCCGGGCAUGCUGGGGUUUGUAGUAUUGCAACAACUAGAGAUACACAGUCAAUGGUGGGUUUAACAUUGUUUUUUUUUUCUGGCAUCCCCCGGCCACCCCCAAUCCUUUCAAAGAAAUCCUUUAGUCAUAUGAUCAAAGAAUCACAUGGCUUGUAAUGAGAAAAAUUCAGGGGUAAAAAAAACGGCAAGACUAAAACAUGUCAUUUAAAAAAAAAAAAGAUUAAAAAAAUGUCACCAAAAAAGCAUUUUGAGAGUUUUCCCACAAAGAAAAUAGGUGUAAACUGAUACUAUAUGUAAAAUUGAAUUAGAACUCCAGCAAAAAGAAACUUUUAGUAAACAAAGUAGCUGAUCACGGGAGAGGUCCGACCACUCCGGGACGGUACCCCCUCUUUCUCAGUGAGGAGAGUGUGUCAUCUACUGGAAAAAAAAACUAUAUAUGUGAGAAGAACAC